CAGCUCUCUCUCUUUUCUCAAGCUACAACAGGCCUCUUCUCAAACCAUAGUUUCCUAAUGUGUUGUAUGUUUUUAUAAUCAACGAUAUAAUUAUUGUAGGCUCCAUACAUCUUAUAAUCUAGUAUACUGGGAUGUAUAAGCGCUCACCUCUGGACCAAUCGCUCACCGAGAAACAAGCGACAAGGAUACUGGACGUUUCCGCGCAAUGGUCUCAUAUAAUCCUGUUAGGAAGUAAUCGCUUCAUUACAAUUGGCGAGGGGAUUUAAGAGGCUCCCAGUCAGUCAAGUGAGUAACGGCUGGGCAGGAGUUAGCGUACAUCGGACAUAGGCUGUCCACGGAGAAACAGCCACAGUUUGCAAUUCACAUCUGGCCGACACAUUGAAGUAAAAGUGUUCACCAACAUGAAGUCUUACUUCGCCUUUCUAUCAACAAUCUUGCAAUGGCAUUUAUUUUUGAUCCUUGUUGAGGUUGCCCAGGGAUCACUAGGUUCAACGAAAGAUAUAAAAUGGAAAGAAUACACAGUGCCUCGAGUAUUACAAGCUAACGGUAGUAUAGAUGAAUAUAUAAUUCCCCCCAAACCCGACAAUCCGUUUUUAGGCAGCCAAAGUUACAAAUCUCCUGACAAACUUUCCCUUUUGCUCGAUUGGAGAAACCAAACUCUUAGCUUGGAGCUUUAUAAAACGGACUUGGUUUCUCCUGGAGCAAUAGUAGAGUGGGAAGAGGGCAACUACACUUUUCAAGGCAGGGUACGUGAAGACUGUUUUUACCAUGGUUACGUCAUGGGGCACGAGGAGUCAUUUGUCGGGCUAUCCACCUGCCUUGGUCUGAAUGGGUUCAUACACACAGACGAGGAAGAGUUAACUCUGGAACCAGCAGCCACUGACCAGCAGAAAAACCGACACGUCAUAACAACUACCACCAACAGACAGAAACGGGCCCACUUAAAAAAGCGAAAUCACGGCCGACGUGUCCGUCGCUCACCAGAAUCGUUCCGGAAGAAAAGGAGCACAGGUGACGUAAAGUACUUGGAGGUGAUGUUAGCCUGUGAUUCCACAGUGGUCAAGUUCCACGGCAAGGACAAGUAUGAGCAGUAUCUACUGGGGAUGCUGAAUGUUAUGAACAUGGCCUAUCAACACGGUACUCUAGGCGUUGAUAUCAGAGUUGUUCUCGUUCGGCUGAAGGUCAUGGACGACGCUACAGCCCGUCCGAUGGUAAGGAGGAACAACCAUAUAGCACUGACGCUACAGCUGUUUUGUCGAUGGGCCUCCAGUUUGCAGAAUAGAUAUGACCCUAACGAUCCCAGCAAUCAUGACAUUGCCAUAUACGUCACCAGGAAGGACAUCGGACCCGCUGGUUACGCCCCGGUGACAGGUCUAUGUUACCCCACGAGGAGUUGUGCCAUUAUCAAAGAUGAAGGCCUCAGCUCAGGAUUUGUCAUGGCCCACGAGACUGCUCACACGUUUGGACUGCUUCACGACGGACAAGGUAACAGUUGCCAUGGGCCAUCCUAUCACGGUAGUAUCAUGGCACCUCUUAUGGAAUCUGCCUUUAAUCGGUACUUCUGGACAGAGUGCAGUCGAGUUCAAAUGACUGGGAGAAUUAGAGGCAUAACGUGCCUUGACGACAAGCCAGGAGAGCAGAAGUGGGAGAAGUUACCGGAUCCGAUGGGAAAGAUCUGGUCUUUGGAUGAACAGUGUCGUCAGGAAUUUGGUGAACAGUUUUCUCUCUGUGAAGCUUAUCAUCAUCGAGACCAGUGUCCUAUGCUUUGGUGCUCGGAGAAGCGCCGCCCACUGCUAUGUAAAACAAAAGGCGGGCCUCCCUUGGAAGGUACGAAGUGUGGAGACCUUCAGGUAGGUCCCUGGCAGCGAUGGCGUAUGAGAGAGAGGAAGGUGAGACGGAGGAAUCAGUAUUGUGUCAGCGGCCGUUGUCAGUAUGAGGAUGAUGUGAUCCCCGAGGAUGGUAACUGGUCGUCGUGGGGCGAUUGGGGACAUUGCUCCACACCUUGUGGCAUCGGAAUCAAAUACCGGCAUAGACGAUGUGACAAUCCGGCUCCAGCGUUCGGUGGAAAGUCCUGUGAAGGAAACUUUGAGCAGUAUAGAACGUGCAACCUUGAUGUGCCAUGUGGGAUAGGACGAGACUUAAGAGCCGAUAUGUGCAAUAAUUUCAAUUUUGGAAUACCUGAAGACAAACAGCAUAAUUGGAUGCCGUACCAGCAAGAUGAUGUGUCUAGCUACUGUAAGGUGGCAUGCGUGUCAGAGCAAACAGGGGACAUCUUGAAGACAGACGGAGACGUGAUAGACGGUAUACGGUGUACUUACGAAGAUGCGGGCAACAUCUGCGUUCGUGGGAGAUGUCGUCGCGUAGGAUGUGAUGGAAAGAUACGGUCCAAGAAGUCGUUUGACGCAUGCGGAGUGUGUGGCGGAAAAAGUACCAGUUGUCACAUGGUCAAAGAUUUGUACAAAACCCCCAAAAAGAAAGUGUAUGGAUCGUAUGAACAGGUAACAACAUUACCAACUGGAGCAAGGGACAUCAAAAUAACGGAGACUGUGAAAUCGGCAGAUGACAUUGUUGUAAAAGAUAUAAGAAACGAUAAAGUGUAUGUGAAUAAGAAGAACAGACCAGAUAACUCCAAACAGUUCGUGGUAAAUGGCGCUCGCUUCGUGUACACCCGGCGAGGAUAUGAGGAGUCGCUGAAGAGUGCAGGACCAUUGAACAACGACUUCGAAAUUUUGCUCUAUGUUACGGACACAUACCGACCCACGGCUGUCAGCUUUCAGUACACCGUGGCUAAUGCUGAACAGAGUACCCAGCAUUCCACGAGCCAGUCGACAACCCAUUCGACGACACAGUCAACAACCCAGUCGACUAGACUGGCGGAGGCGACCACGAUAGGUGAUAUGAAUGAGGAUGAAGAUGAGGAUGAGGUGAUGGAUACGUCGGACGAGGAUUUUGGGGACAACAGAACUGACGACGAUGAAUAUAGCGAGGAGGAAGGUUUGAGCAAUGAAUCGGGGAAAGGUCAGCAGGAGGCUCCGUGGACACCGACCCGUGACGUGGCCUGGAUCUUUGACAGGUGGUCAGAGUGUAGUCAGACAUGCGGCGGAGGUACGUUCUAUGCGAUUUUUGCGUGUAAGGACUUUGAUCUGAAUUCGACCGUGGAAGAUUCCGUUUGCAGCCACCUAGAGACCCCUGAAGUGCCCAGUGCACCCUGCAACAGAAAAUCUUGCUUCACCUAUAAGUGGGAACUGGGCCCGUGGCAAAACUGUUCCGUAGAAUGUGGGUAUGGUGGAGAGGAGAAGCAAGGGUUAGUGUGCCAGAAGGUCUCACCCGAUGGCGGGGAGGAAGAAGUGGACGCUACUGAGUGUAACCGGGUCAAGAAGCCCGGAAAUCUCACAAGACCCUGUCAGCUGCUCGUCCCUUGUACAGGAACCUGGGUUAAGAGCGCUUGGUCCAGGUGCUCGACGACCUGCGGCACUGGUGUCCAGACACGCCGUGUGAACUGUGAAUAUUACGAGCCGACUGAGUACUUCAGUUGUGAUGGUGUUCCCCCGUCCACUACACAGACCUGCGAGCAAAGUCCUUGUCGGAAAAUUCAGACUGGUCAGUGUACGGACUCCUCUAAGAUGUGCCGCACGCGAACCACAGCACGAUUAUGCCAGCUCAGAGGCUUCAGGAAGCUUUGCUGUCAGGCCUGCAAAAAAUAUAACACGAGCAAACGAAGAAGAUUUGCGUAUUAAGACAUUCUACUAAAACAGACAUUUUUUUCCUAUCCUAGAAAGUUGGACGAUAAAUUUCGUGUUUUUUCUAUUCAAUAUUUGAAUGCUAUUUACGACAACUUUACAGCCCCUAACAGAAAAAGGGGAAGCGAAAGCGACAAUAAAAGCCGAUCAGUUCGUAUCUGACAUUUCCUCCUUACACAAAGAAUCUGGUGUGCAUCAAUAUUAUGAUUUUACAAUGUUUAAGAGAAAGGAAAAUAUAAGUGACCGCAUUCCUGUCAUGUUUUCAGACUAAAUUAUGCUGCAGGAAGUUAACCAUAUGGGUGUUGUAACUUUUUCUACGUAAACAGUGCUAAGCUGCAGUUAUGGUUAAUAUAAGAGGACCGCCAUAUACAAGGACAGAUAGAUUUUAAUUCACUCAUAUCGGCAAAUAUUUUACCCAGCCUGAUCUGUUAUAGAUCAGGACAAUUUAAUGCACAGUGAAUUCUGUGUUGACUGUAAGUCUAAAAUCAACAACCGACAGAGCAGAUAAGAAUUGUUGUCAACAUCUGUAUCUUAUCUGUAUCUUUGAUCAUCGUGUAGAAAUGAAAUUGUUUUUGACAGUGUUUGACAUUAUUUAAUAAAAUUGGUCACCGCUAUAUUAACGUCAGGGACAAGAAAGCAUUUGUUCCCAGUCUCCUUAAGUUUUACAAUGAGUAUAAUUCUCUUGUAAAUAAAUAUAGACAGAACGUCCAGAAUCUCUGGCGAUCUGUUUCAUGAUUGUGUCUGAAUCCGCUUAGCGCGAGGCUUUCGGCCGGGUAUUCAUCGUGUUGGAUUAGAUCGCCCUGCUGGAUAUAUGAACAGUUGCAAUCAAAGCUCAACUGAGACACCUAUUUUGUUAUCGACAACUGAUAUUCUAGCAAGGUACACGAUUUGAAUCUAUGCGUUGAAACAGACAUUCGUAUACCAGCCGUCAACCAACAAGGACGUUCCUGGUCAAUAAUCGCAAGGCCAAUUCUCAAAUACUGAAUAUUGAAUUCCCUCUGUCGCCUAAAAUAUACAUUGUGUCUUUCAAACAUCAUUGGAAACUGCAUCUCUUUGAAUGAUUUCGUCCUAUUUUCGAACUUUAAUACUUUCUAACUUCUUCUGUGGUUUGUGUUACACGUCGUUUUGGGAAAUGACCUUGAUUGACGGCUGGUAGACGAAUGUCAGUUUCGAAUCUUUCAUUUCAAUCACUUGCGCCUUGAAGUCAUUUCGCAUUUCUACUAUCGACUUAUAAAGAAAAGGCCAAAUUAUUGUAUAUGAAGAGGACGUGCAAAAAGUGUUCGUGCUAAAGUAUACUCACUGAAUUAUGUAUUUCUUUGCCUUUGGAUAUCAAGUUAUUGAAAUAACGAGGGCGAUAUUAUAAGUGAACUGCCCCCUGGUACAUGAAGUUCCAUUAGGUAUUGAAGGGGUAUUAGCAUGGGCCAUCUUACAAUAUCGUCUUGUUCUUAAUAUCUAAAUUGAGUAACUUCAAUCAUUCUUGAGCACCAUGAAACAUCAGUCAAUAUAAAUAGGUAUAUGUAACUUGGUUAAGUGGAAUGACUGAUCAGGGGGAACGAACUUUUGAAUUUCCUGUAUUGUUUUGGUUGUGUCUGAAUAUGGUUCAUGUAAGAGUAUGUAUGAGACGGUGGAAUGCAGUCAUCCG